GUUACUAAGCUUUUCAAGAUGGCGGAUGGGAUCUAAACAUGCUCGAAAAUGUGGUUUCAAACUUUGAAGACGAGGCAUUCUGUUCGUUCAUUUUCCACGGAAAAUAGUCAAGGGAUAGUGUUAGGACUGGAAUACACAGACCGGAAAACAGAAAUCCAUGCCUUGAAGAAAGAAACACCACCUUUAUUACUAGAGGAAGGAGUGAGUACGGUAUUUGUUACUCAUGAAAAUGGAGGGAUGUCUUUGUUGGGGAUAUCUCAUUCUGCUAAGGGAAAGUCAUGCAUGGAGAUCAGAGCUUGGGAUGUCAUGAGCUCACUUGGAUUUACCGCAAAGGAGAUUGUGAUACAAGACCUUGUGAAGAAUGCAUUCAAUGAUGGCAAAUUUAAAGCUGUUUUAAAUCUCCCAGAGAGCUCAGGAACACACCUCUCUCUAAAGAUGGCAGCUCUGAAGGAGUAUGUGUCAGUGGCUGUGUCAUCAGGGUUGAUAUUUUUAUGGAGAUGUAGAAAGGUGGAGAAUCAAGCAAUUAGCCUUGAAUUAGUUUCUAAGGUGCAUUCAUCCAGAAACAUCCAUGAUGUAGCACUGAUUUCUAGUACAGAAAAAGGUCCCCCAUUGUUAGUUGUUGGUGAGUCAGGAGGUAUCUCGCUUCAUUCACUUACCCAACCCACUGAUGUUCACCCUGACAGACACAUGGAGGUUUCAAGCACACAUAUUCCUUUCCCUUCAUCAAAUGUUGGUAGCACUGUACAAGAAAUCCAGCAUGUAUUGCCAUACAGUUGUGUAUUGUCAGACAGCUCUGGUCGAUUGUGGUACCUUCAUCCUCCCAAUCUGCAAGAGAUUCUCUUACCAAGCAGUCAAGGUGGCCAUGGUGUUUUUGCUGUCCAAGCUAAAGAAGGCCAAGAAGAAGGAUGGCUUGCAACUGUUGAUCAAGGCCAAACUAUUAACCUGUAUAAGAUGAGUGAUGUGAUAAAGAAAACAGAUGCGGGAGUAAUUACACAGCCUUGGCAUGUGGUUUUAUCACACCACUCCAUCAGCACAAUUUCAUUCAUUGAGGACAAUGUACUUGUUGUUGGCUCAGAUUCUUUAAAAUCCAUGUCACUGUGGGUGGGAAUCAACCAUAUUGGGUCAACAAGACUGGAAAGUGGCUAUAAUUGAUCAACUGGUUCAUUAAAUAUGUAUAAUACUUAGUUUUCUUGGACUGGCAGAUUUACUUCAUCACACUUAAGGUUGUUUAUCCUAUAAUUGUGUCAUCAACUAAACCAUGAAGCUGUUUUUCUUACAUAAUCCAAUAUACGCCUUGUUUAAGUGUGGAAAUAUUUAAAUUCAGCUACAAGCUAAGUGAAGACAUUAAAUCAAAAUUGUUUUAUUGGUAUCAAAAACAAAUAAACAUCUUUGUCUACACUGUA